GUGAGUUAGUGUAAAGUGCAGAGUUAGCAAAAUUUGUAUUUAUUCACUCAAAAUAGGUGUGAGAGAGUGUGAGUGUGUGUGUGAGAGUGUAAACAGUGGUUCUUUAUGCGGAAAAAAGGAAUCUUUUUUUCAUUUGUUUGUGAGCUAUUAUUAUAAUAUUAUUGCACAAGAAAAAUAGUAAGGGCUUUUUUUUCUUCAGAUUUUCUUGUUACUCUUCAGCAAACCAAGUGAUAUUUAUAUUUCGAGAAUAAAGAGCAUGGUAGCUAGAAGAAAAUAGCCAGUGGGGAGGAAAUUGGUCAUGAGUAGGUUGGUGAGGACAUGCUCCGUCCAAGAGAAACUGAUUUACUGGGUCUGUUUUUGGUGUUUGUUGUGCUACCGCUCGUUGCGUACUUUUUGUUAGGAAAAUGGAGUGAUGUUUCAAAGAAGAAAGACAAGGUAAGGGUGCUUGCUCAAAUUGCUGCAGAAGAAUCUUUUAGAGCUGAGGCCAUGGUUGCCGCUACUUUUAUACCUCCGAUUGUAUCUCUUCCAAAGGUUAACAAUGUAUUUCAUGAAUGUGCGAGAUGCUUUAGUCCAGCCACUACUAGAUGCUCACGCUGCAAAACUGUACGAUAUUGUUCUGGCAAGUGUCAGAUACUUCACUGGAGGCAAGUUCACAAACAUGAGUGCCAGUUAUUAGAGCUCAACAGUGAUUGUUCAUCUCCUAAGUCUGCAUUAAAUGAAGAAUUUGUAUCUGUUCAUGAACAACCAUCGUUCAGUGAUAACUUAGAAUCCCAGUGCUUUGAAUCCAAUGCCGAUCAACACAUGCAUGAAAAUCCUGUAUUAAAGGAUUCCCCUGAUCCAUCUUCUGGACUCAAUUCAGAAAGAAGAUCAGCAGAUAAACGCUCCCGUAGCAAAGUUAACAGGGAAGUUCCAAGGAGAGAAGAGAUAGAUGCAUUAGAACCUUUUGCAGAUGCCUGUUCAACUUCAUAUGAUAAUGCUACACCAAAGGAAACGUCCCUCAGGCAAAAGUCCAAACGGGGUCAUUAUGCAGUCUUGAAAGAAGUUAUUCUAGAGAAAAAUAAUGCUGAAAUGGUUAGUGGUCCUGGUGACUCAAUAACAUCAGCUCAAAGUGUUACCAAAUCUCUAGAUAUGGAUACAGAAAGAUGUCCGCCAAAGAAGAGUAACAUGCUAAAAUCAAGAUCACAUUCAUCCGGAAGCAAAGCACAUAAACUAGCAAAAUCAACAGUGGAAGUUGCACGAGAUCAAACAUGUCCAGGAACUGAAAGUAUGGGACAAAUUGAUGACGACUUAGAUUUUUGUCGAAUGAGGGAUGCUAAAGGCAGUGGCAUCAUUAAUAAAGGAUUUAUGAAGAUGAUUGGAUUAAAGAAGUCAUCAAAGCAUGACAGAGUUGAAAUUCCACAAGUUAAUAGUGACAAGCAUAAGAAAAUGAAAAUGCUAUUUCCAUAUGAAGAAUUUUUGAAGUAUUUCCAGUACGAAGUCUUUGACUUCUUUCCAAGGGGCCUUGUGAAUUGCGGAAAUAGCUGUUAUGCAAAUGCUGUGUUGCAGUGUCUGGCGUCUACAAGGCCUUUGACUAUCUAUUUGCUCCAUAGAUCACAUUCAAGAACUUGUUGUGCAAAAGGUUGGUGCCUAAUGUGUGAACUUGAGAAUUAUGUAAUGAUGCUACGUGAAAGCGGUGAGCCAUUGUCUCUCAGCAGCAUUCUUGUGCAUAUGCGAAGUGCUAAUUGCCGAAUUGGUGAUGGGAGCCAGGAAGAUGCUCAUGAAUUCUUAAGGCUUCUGAUCACCUCGAUGCAAUCUAUAUGUCUGGAGGGUUUGGGUGGGGAGGAUGUAGUUGAUCCUAAAUUGCAAGAAACCACAUUUAUUCAGCAUACUUUUGGGGGUCAACUGCGCUCAAAGGUCAAAUGUCUGAGAUGUCAUCAUGAAUCAGAUAGAUAUGAAAACUUUAUGGAUCUUACUCUAGAGAUAUAUGGAUGGGUUGAGUCGCUAGAAGAUGCACUAACUCAAUUCACAAGCCCGGAAGAUUUGGAUGGAGAAAAUAUGUAUAGAUGUGGGAGGUGUGCUGCUUAUGUUCGUGCUCGAAAGCAGUUGGCAAUACACGAAGCUCCAAAUAUAUUGACAAUUGUAUUAAAGAGAUUUCAGGAGGGUAGUUAUGGAAAGUUAAAUAAGUGUAUCACGUAUCCUGAAAUGUUGAACAUGAUUCCGUUUAUGACGGGGAAAGAUGACAUUCCUCCACUAUACAUGCUUUAUGGUGUUGUGGUGCACUUAGACACAAUGAAUGCAUCCUUUUCUGGUCACUAUAUAUCGUAUGUGAAAGAUCUUCAAGGCAAUUGGUACAGAAUAGAUGAUGCCCAGGUUAUCCGGGUGCCUUUGAGUCAAGUGAUGUCAGAAGGUGCAUACAUAUUGUUUUACAUGAGAUCAUCCCCCCGUCCCCCAAGAAGUUACUUUGGUAAACCCUCUAAACACCAAGUUUCUGCCUUUACAAAGUGUAAACCACCAAAGUCGUCCUCUGAUCACAGCCUAGGAGGAGUGAAUGGAAACCGUCACAACCACCCAAAACCAUCAAAUUUUGACUUUUCAGAUGCUGCAUCUAGUGACUGGUCAAUAUUCACAAGCUCAGAUGAUGCAUCUUUCACUACUGAAAGCACUCGCGACUCAUUCAGCACAGUUGAUUACACCGAUAACAACACUGACCCAAUAUCUUCAAUUUUUAACACCCCAUACACUUAUCAUGAUUACCUAUCGAGUAACACAGUGUCAUGUAACAUGUCUUCAAGAAGUAGGGCUCACACAAGAUUCAUGGAGGAGGAUGAGAGAAGAUCCAUUAUGAAAUCUUAUGAAGCGGGUAACCCUCCUUAUAGAUUACAUAAUGUCCAAAAGGCUUGAUGCUCUUCAAGUGAACAACUUUUCUUGUAGUAAUAGUAGCAGUCAUUAUGGUUAAUGGUCUUACAUAGAUGGUAUGCAAGAGUGGUUUAAAUUGUUGACAGAUAUUAGAAUUAGGGGUAGGAAUUAGUGCCUCAAAAUUUUCCAAUUGUUAUGUAAAUGAGGCCCAUGAAUCCUUAGUUUAUUUCUUUUGGAUCAAAGUUGGUAUUAUAUGAUUAGAACCAUUCUUUGUUCUGUA